AUGACCGGGACGGAAAAGCUUCCCCUUUUCGUGAUCAGGAAGCGGUCAAAGCCGCGGUGCUUUAAGAACAUUCCAACGCUGCCAACGGAGUAUACUGCCCACAAAAAAGCGCGAAUGACCGCCGAUCUGUUUAAGCAGUGGCUAAAAACAUGGGACAGGAAGCUUGAAUUGAGAAACAGAAAGGUUCUCCUCAUCGUCGACAAUUGUACGGCGCACAAGAUGGACGUCGAGCUGAGAGCUAUUGGGCUGGCUUUCCUUCCGGCAAAUACGACAGCAGCGUUGCAGCCGAUGGAUCAGGGCGUGAUCAAGAAUACGAAGACGUUUUAUAGACGUCAUAUGCUUGAGCGUUUGAUCCUGUGCGGUCCAAGCAACACCGUGACUCUGCUUUUGGUGUUGCACAUGCUUGCACAUGCGCGGGACCAAGUCGUGCCAUCGACCAUCGCGGACUGUUUCUGCCACUGUGGCUUCAUCGCCCCAAGCUGUUCCACCGCUCGGUACACGUGUCUGCAGGAAUUAACCGAUGACGUGUUCUAUGAGGAGAAUAUUCCAGCAAACAUUCAUGAGGCACUGCAAGGCGUGCGCUUCACAGUUUACGUUGACGCGGAUGGUGCUGCGGCAGUCUGCGGUGUCCGCAGCGAUGAAGACAUCGUAGCGGAAGUGUCAGGGCGACAAGAACGGGACGAAGAAAACGAAGACAGUGAAGAGGUGGAAGAAACGACGGUGCGGCCAUCCUCAUCACAAGUUUUGGAAGCACUUAAUGUUGCCCGCCAAUUCUUCAGCCAUGAAGAAGGCCAAGAGGACGCUCUUCACCAUCUUCGUGUUUUGGAGCACAAGCUGAUGGUGUUCAGUUUUCGAGUGCAGAAGCAGCAAACAAUCACUGACUUUUUUCAUCAAUAA